AAGUUCUGGCUAUGUUAUCGGACGGUCACAUUUAACACGAGUUUCUAACAACAUGGAAAUAGAUUUGGGUUUCGCGGAAAAACAAGACGAUGUUGCCUGGCUGAGCAACCGGUACUUUCCCAGCAAGCUUGGUGGUCAGCCCGCCUGGCUGGAGUUGGAAUCCCUGCCCGCCACGACAGUGCUACAAUGCAGCAAGUGUAAGGCUCCGAAAUCCUUCCUGGCUCAACUCUACUCCCCAUUCGAGGAUGAGUUCAACUUCCAUCGCUCCAUAUACGUGUUUUUGUGUCGGAAUCCGGACUGCCAGCAACCGCAGGAUGCAAGCAAUUUCACGGUGUUGCGCUCACAAUUACCAUUGAAGAACAAGUUUUUCUCGGAGGAGGAUCCAGAUGACGAAGGUGAUCCAUUGCCGGCUAUUCCUUGCUGGAAGAAGCUGUGCGCCGCCUGUGGUUGCUUGGCUCCUCAUGCCUGCAGCAAAUGCAAGGCAAUCCACUAUUGCUCCUCUGAGCACCAACGUGCCCACUGGCCUCAGCACAAGCCCAGUUGCGGCUCUUCCAGCAGCGCCCGCCAUGAACCUCUGGGCAACGUAGAAUUUCCUGAAUUCGAAAUUGUAAUGGACAGCAAUCCAACAAAUUCAGCGGAAAACGAAAAGGACGACGAGACACGAUUGGCAGAGUUCGAGGAGUUGGAGGCCAGUGGCAAGACGGGCGAACUUAGCAACGUUUCCGAGGCAGAGCUGGACAAAUACUUCGGGCAGACAGCGGCAGCGGAUGACAAAACGUUCCGUCAGUUCAAAAAGAAAACGGCAGCGGAGCCCGAACAGAUUAUACGCUACCAGCGUGGCGGCAGUCCAUUGUGGAUUACAGAUACUACCAAGACGGUACAAGAUCGAUUGGAGUCCCUACCGAACUGCAGUGCUUGUGGUGGGGCUCGUCAGUUCGAGUUCCAGAUCAUGCCCCAGGCACUGACGCUGCUGGAAGAUGAAAACCUCGACUGGGGUGUUUUAGCGGUCUAUACUUGUGCCAGGAGCUGCCCCAUCGAAGGCUAUGUGGAGGAGGUGCUCGUCAAGCAGGACAUAGUAGCUGAGGAGCAGAGUUGACAUUAAAAUGCAUACAUAUAAAUUUAUUUUGUCAAUUGCGGAACACAAGAACACGAUCUACUUCAGUUUAAUGAUUGGGAAA